UGAGGAAUGCAGUGGCAGGCGUGUCCAGGGAUUGUUGCUUUGUUUGCUCUAUACAAUAGAAGCUUUUUUAUACUUUUCUUUCAUACAGAGAGAUCUGCUAUACAUAUAAACAUAGCAGGUUAUGUGACUUAACACCUGUGGGUUCUGUCAGACAUAGUAGAAAAGAUGGUUGAGUUUCUCUCCUUGUUUUCCAAUGUAUUUUUAUUGCUCAUUUCUUUCAUCGCUUUCCUUUUCCUCUUGGACUUUAUGAAGAGCAGGAAGAAUGGAUCACAGUUUCCACCAGGUCCUAAAGGCAUUCCCUUUCUUGGUAAUAUUCUGCAGGUCGACUUCAGAAAUCCAACAGCAACAUUGCACCAGCUGAGAAAAGAGUUUGGGGAUGUAUAUAGUUUGCAGUACUUCUGGACAAAAGUGGUGGUGCUGAAUGGAUUUGAUGUGAUGAAGGAAACGCUGAUCAACAGGUCGGAAGACAUCGCAGAUCGGCCUCGAUUUCCUAUCUAUGAAAACAUGGAAUAUAUUGGAGAUGCCAGAGGUGUAAUAAUGGCCCGAUAUGGAAGCUCAUGGAAAGAGAAUAGAAGGUUUACACUUUCAACACUUAGAGACUUUGGGAUGGACAAGAGAUCUCUUGAGGAAAGAGUGACAGAAGAAGCUCAGUGCCUGUGUUCUGCAUUUAAAGCCCAGAAAGAUCAAUUCAACCCACAUUUCCUUAUAAACAAUGCUGUUGCCAAUGUAAUCUGCUCCAUUGCAUUCGGAGAUCGGUUUGACUAUGAUGAUGUAAAAUUUCGAAGGCUUUUACAUCUCCUUGAGGAGGCCUUUAAGGCUGAAUUUGGACUCUUGGCCCAGAUCCUAAAUGAAAUUCCUGUUCUAGUGAACGUCCCCUGGCUCCUCAAUCGUGUGAUGCAGCCAGGGCGUGAAGUUCUUGAAUUAGUAAAGGAAAUAGUUUCAGAGCAUCAGAAGACUUGGAAUCCAAACAACAUUCGUGAUUUUAUUGAUGCCUACCUGGUGGAGAUGGAAAAAGUGAAGGACGAUAGUUCCAGUAAUAUUAAUGAGAGAAACCUGCUUGUGACAACAUUUGAUCUCUUUAGUGCUGGGACAGAAACUACAAGUACCACCCUGAGGUGGGCUCUGUUGUAUAUGAUCCUCUACCCAGAUGUCCAAUCCAAAGUACAAAAAGAAAUUGAUGAAGUAAUUGGAAGAGAGCGGACACCGACAAUGGGGGAUGUGCUACAAAUGCCAUAUACUUAUGCUGUGAUCCAUGAAGUACAACGAUGUGGAGAUAUUGCUCCCUUGGGUUUGCCUCAUAUGACUUACAGAGACAUAGAAGUAAAAGGUUACAUUAUACCAAAGGGCACGACUGUCAUCACCAACCUGUCCUCUGUGCUCAAGGAUCAGCGAGUAUGGGAGAAACCUUUCCAGUUUUACCCAAAGCACUUCCUGGAUGAGAACGGAAAGUUUGUAAAACGAGAAGCAUUUAUGCCAUUUUCUGCAGGUCGGAGGUCUUGCUUGGGAGAACAACUUGCCAGAAUGGAACUCUUCCUGUUUUUUACUAUGUUAUUACAGCAACUUACAUUUGAGAUACCAAAUGACCAACCUCGUCCAAGAGAAGAUCCUCUGUAUGCGUUAACUUUAAGUCCACAUCCCUACAAUAUUGGCGUUGUACCUAGGGAAUAACAUUUCAAACAUAGGGAGAUCUGAACCUGCUGCUUUAGUUCUCUGUAGACAUAAAAUGGAAUGUCAUAUACCUCAUAUACAGUAUAUAAUUCUAGAAAUCAUUGCUGGUUAUCAAGAGUUAUUUACAGAAGACUCAUCAUUCUUAUAAUAAAGUAAUAAAGCCUAUCUGCAGAAUUAAACCUACAGUAAACGUUUAUAACCUUAUGUAAUGAAAAAGUAUAAUGAGUUAUUCAACAAUAGGCAAUAAAUUAUAAUAACGUGUUUGUUAGCAGCACUGUUUUAAAAUACUGUAUAUGUAGUUAUAUAGCCAUGUUGGGCAUGCAUGUGGUGUUGCUAAGAUAUCCAUGAGCUCUUGGAUCUUGUAAUGGAUACACAGCAAUGCUUCUCUACUUGUCAGAAGAGAUUCUGGGCAAGUGCAAUGACAUUCUUCUCCUCUGACAAGCAGAGAUGAAGCUGCACUGGUGCUGUCAUGCAACGCACUUAAAAUAUAUUAUUUGUUUGUUAGUUAUUAUUCCUUUUGACUGAGCACUUGAACCCAACUUAUUAUACAAAAUCUUCCUGUUAAGGUCUUAUCACUGGUGUACACUAGAUUCUGGUGUGCUGAGGACAAGGCUUAGAACAGAAUUGAAAACAUCUGGUAUAUAUCAUCCUCUUAGGCCCAGUUGAGACUACGUUGCUAGAACCGUGCGGACUGCAUUGUUGUUCCCAUAGAUGACAAUGCAUUUCUGAACAGAUCCUCCACCCUUGGGAUCUCCAGCAUGAAUUCUGGCUGGAGAUUUUGUGUGGUCAAGCCAGUCUUAGUUUAUUUAGAGGGCAGUGUAAUGGAUAGAGCACAAUUUAUACAGCCAAUUAACUAUUUUAUUAUCAGUUUGGGGGCAAGAUGACAGUAUUGCUAUAUGUGACAUUUGGUAGAGGAAUCGGAAAUUAGACUAGACUUGAAAAUAUUGAUAGAGAUAGGAAGCAUAAUUUGACACGGUGCAGCAUCCAACUCAGUCUAGAUAAUGUAUACUUCAGAAAAAUAAAUAAAUCUAUUUGA